UUAUUGGUUGAAAUUGUAUUCUGUACUUUUUUUAUGUUACCAGUUUCAAUGCACCUAAGAAAGAAUGUUUACAAUAAAUUAGAUAAAUUAUUUGGUGGUCAAAAUGCAAAGAUCUUUUUAAAGGUAUUGGCAUUGUUAGUGAUCAUUGUAUUUUGUGAUUCAAUUGUAAAUUCAUAUAAUAUCAACAAGAAAUUACAUACACCAGAAUUGACCGGAGCUAAAUUUGACAGACAAAAUGAAUAUACCCGUAUGUUUAGAUAUCAAAGAAAUUCAUACAUUUGUGGUUUCUGUCUCUAUUUAUUCUUUUUAAUCUAUCGUUCACAAGGUAUCAUUAGUCAAUUAUCAAAUGUAGAAGCCUCAAAAACUGCCAUUGAAAAGCAAACUAAAAAUAAUUUAAAUACCGUCGAAACUCUCUUAUCGGAAAAUGAAAAAUUAAAAACUGAAAUUAAAGACCUUAAAAAGAUGGAAAAAGAACAUAAAGCUAUGAAAUCUCAAGCUGAAAAUACAACCAAAGAAUAUCUUAAACUCCAAGAAGAAUAUAAUCAACUUUUAGGUAAAAAACCAAAAACUCAAAAGAAAGAUGAUUAA